GCAUCUGGGAUCCCGCGCCCGAGGUGUGAGAAUACCCGGCGUGACUUCCGCGCUCUGCCUGCUCGCCUGUCGCCCCGGUCCCGCGCCCGUCGCCCCUGCCUCGCGCCCGAUGGUUAGCAGUGUGUUGUGCCGCUGCGUGGCUUCUCCGCCGCCGGACGCCGCCGCCGCCGCCUCGUCUUCCGCCUCGUCGCCUGCGUCUAUAGGGGACCCGUGCGGCGGCGCCGUCUGCGGGGGUCCGGACCACCGGUUGCGCCUGUGGAGUCUCUUCCAGACGCUUGACGUCAACCGCGACGGAGGCCUGUGUGUCAACGACCUGGCGGUGGGGCUUCGGCGCCUGGGACUGCAUCGCACCGAGGGCGAGCUCCGGAAAAUUGUACAAGCUGGAGAUAAAGACCUCGAUGGACAGCUAGACUUUGAAGAGUUUGUGCAUUAUCUCCAAGAUCACGAGAAGAAGCUGAGACUGGUGUUUAAGAGUUUGGACAAAAAGAACGAUGGGCGCAUUGACGCACAGGAGAUUAUGCAGUCUUUGCGGGACCUGGGCGUCAAGAUAUCUGAGCAGCAGGCGGAAAAAAUUCUCAAGAGCAUGGAUAAAAACGGCACAAUGACCAUUGACUGGAACGAGUGGCGAGACUAUCACCUGCUGCACCCUGUUGAAAACAUCCCUGAGAUCAUCCUGUACUGGAAGCAUUCCACGAUCUUCGAUGUGGGUGAGAACCUGACAGUCCCCGAUGAGUUCACAGUGGAGGAAAGACAGACCGGCAUGUGGUGGAGGCACCUCGUGGCUGGAGGCGGGGCAGGGGCCGUGUCUAGAACCUGCACGGCUCCUCUGGACAGACUCAAGGUGCUCAUGCAGGUCCAUGCCUCCCGCAGCAACAACAUGUGCAUCGUUGGUGGGUUCACCCAGAUGAUUCGAGAGGGAGGGGCCAGAUCACUCUGGCGGGGCAACGGCAUCAACGUCCUCAAAAUUGCCCCUGAGUCGGCCAUCAAAUUCAUGGCAUAUGAGCAGAUCAAGCGUCUUGUCGGUAGUGACCAGGAGACUCUGAGGAUUCAUGAGAGGCUUGUGGCAGGGUCCUUGGCAGGUGCCAUUGCCCAGAGCAGCAUCUACCCCAUGGAGGUUCUGAAGACCCGGAUGGCCCUAAGGAAGACUGGCCAGUACUCAGGCAUGCUGGACUGUGCCAGGAAGAUCCUGGCCAGGGAGGGUGUGGCUGCCUUCUACAAAGGCUACGUCCCAAACAUGCUGGGAAUCAUCCCCUACGCUGGGAUAGACCUAGCCGUCUAUGAGACACUCAAGAACGCCUGGCUGCAGCGCUACGCAGUAAACAGUGCAGACCCCGGCGUGUUUGUGCUCCUAGCCUGUGGCACCAUGUCCAGCACCUGUGGCCAGCUGGCCAGUUACCCACUGGCCCUGGUCAGGACCCGGAUGCAGGCGCAAGCUUCCAUUGAGGGCGCGCCGGAGGUGACCAUGAGCAGCCUCUUCAAACAGAUCCUGAGGACCGAGGGGGCCUUUGGCCUGUACCGAGGGCUGGCCCCCAACUUCAUGAAGGUGAUCCCCGCUGUGAGCAUCAGCUACGUGGUGUACGAGAACCUGAAGAUCACCCUGGGUGUACAGUCACGGUGACGGGCUGGAGGGCCACCCUCCCAGCGAACUUGCUGAUCCUGGACCUGCAGCCCCAGGACACGUAGCCAUCUCAUUCUGUGAAUGUGCCAACACUAAGCGGACUGAAGCCAAGCUGUGAAAGCCUGGGAUGUGCCUGCAGGGGAGGAGGGAGUUGGUAUGCCCACCGGGUUUGUCCUGCUGACCCCACCGAUCCUCACAUCGAUUCCAGGGGCGACCCAUGGGUAUUCCUCAGGGUCCAGGGGUCAGCAGGAUCCAGGCUCUUGCACAUAGGGUCAGGGACAUUUCCUUCAGUGCCUGCCAAAUAGCAGAGCUUGGAAGACCGGCUUAGUUCUUCCAUGUCCCCCUAGCAGCCAGACCAUCAGCCAGGCUUCUUGCCCUCUGGCCUGCUGAGCGCAUUCCCAGGCCAGGCCCACUUUUCCUCCUGCCUCUCUGCUGUUUUAAUAUGCUAGAGGGGGGCUAC